UCCACUUUGGGAAAGUCGGGACACGCUGUCCGUGUUGUAAGUUUGCAGGAGACACCACCGGGAAGCCGUGAGCUCGUUUUUUAUCUCCCGAGUCCGGAACGAAUCUGAAACGGGAGGGCAGCGGGUCAAACGUGAGCAGUGGGUUGUAGUUGGGACCGCAGAAACAUCUCGGUGCCAAAAGAAACCAGUGAGGGAGAGAAGCGCGGAAGAGAAUAGCGGCUGUAAAUCUUCACCGCGGUGUUUUGGGCGCGUGCGCUUUUGGAUUCGGCACAAAGUAUCAGAAACGUGACGUUUAACGGAGGUUGAAUGUAAACACGAGCUCCUCUGUUUUCUUUUUUUUUGUUCCCGCUGGACAUGUUUCCGCUCCCUGUGAGCGACGUGUAGGCUGUGGACUGAGCUCCUGUUCUCCGCCUGCUCUCUGUCUUCACUUCUCUGCGUAAUUUGAUUUUUGUGCUAAAAAAAAAAAUAAUAAUAAUAAGUUUGCGUUUCAGCACGCCUAGUUGUGACGAAACGUAAAAAUGCAAAUGCGCCUUCAUGCCGGGACCACAGGAGAGCUGACAUGCAGUGAUACAAGCUCAGCGUCUUGCUGCCUGUUAACCUAAACUUGUGACAUCACGUCGUUACAGAAGUAACAGUGAAUGAUCAAGAGACCCAGAGCGCAAAGGAAGCCGACCAGAGUGCCUGCUCGUGCGCCGAGAAACGCGGCUCUUCGCCGGCUGUGAAGCGGUUCCAGGGCUCGGUCAGUUUUAGCCAGGAGAGUCUCCGGAGCAGAGAUGGAGGAGUGGAGACAAUGCGGGCGGUGGUUGAUAGACUGCAAGGUCCUGCCCCCGAACCACCGGGUCGUGUGGCCCUCGGCGGUCGUGUUCGACUUGGCACAGGCGCUGCGGGACGGGGUGCUCCUGUGCCAGAUGUUGCAUAACCUCUCCCCCGGAUCGGUUGAUCUGAAGGAGAUCAAUUUCAGGCCCCAGAUGUCACAGUUCCUGUGCCUGAAGAAUAUCCGGACAUUCCUAAAAGUGUGCCACGACAAGUUCGGCUUGAGGAACAGUGAACUUUUUGACCCGUUUGAUCUUUUUGAUGUCAGAGACUUCGGCAAGGUAAUCUCUGCCUUGUCGAGGAUCUCCCACCACAGCAUUGCACAAAUCAAAGGCAUCAGGCCCUUCCCGUCCGAGGACACGGCUCUGAAUGAGGAUGAUGUGUACCGGAGCCUGGAGGAGUUGGCAGAUGAACAUGACCUGGGCGAGGACGACAUCUACGACUGCGUGCCGUGCGAGGACGACGGCGACGACAUUUAUGAGGACAUCAUUAAGGUGGAAGUACGACAACCCAUGAUCAGAUACAUGCAGAAAAUGGGUAUGACAGAAGAUGACAAGAGGAACUGCUGCUUAGUCGAGAUCCAAGAGACUGAAGCCAAGUACUACAAGACUUUAGAGGACAUUGAGAAGAAUUACAUGAUCCCGCUGAAGCACGUCUUGAGUUUGCAAGAAAUGGAGGCUAUUUUUGUCAACCUGGAGGAUAUAAUCCGGGUCCACUUUGCCCUUCUGCGAGCCAUCGAUUUGAACAUGGUCAGCGGAGGAAGCGGUCUCGGAAAGAUCUUUCUCGACUUCAAAGAAAGGUUGCUGAUCUACGGUCAGUACUGCAGCCACAUGGAGAACGCCCAGAAGACACUGGAUGAGCUGAUAGCAACACGGGAGGAUGUGAAAAUUAAAGUGGAGGAAUGCACCAUGAAGGUGCAGGAGGGGAAGUUCAAGCUGCAGGAUCUCUUGGUGGUUCCCAUGCAGAGGGUGCUGAAGUAUCACCUACUACUGAAGGAGCUGUUGAGUCACUCGACUGACCGACCUGAGAGGCAACAACUGAAAGAGGCGCUGGCUGCUAUGGAGGACUUGGCCAUGUAUAUCAACGAAGUCAAGAGAGACAACGAGACGCUGAAGAAAAUCAGCGAAUUCCAAAGUUCAAUAGAAAAUCUUCAGCAGGUGAAACUGGAGGAGUACGGCAGGCCAAAGAUAGACGGCGAGCUGAAGGUGUCCUCCAUCGUCAACAGAACGAAACAAGACCGCUACAUUUUCCUUUUUGACAAAGUGGUGAUUGUUUGCAAGAGAAAAGGCUACAGCUACGAGCUGAAAGAGAUUAUUGAACUCCAGUUGUACAAAAUGUCAGACGACCCCAUGAACAACAGAGACAUGAAAAAGUCAAGUGGAAAAAUGUGGUCUUAUGGUUUCUACCUGAUCCACCUGCAAGGGAAGCAGGGCUUCCAGUUCUUUUGUAAAACGGAAGAAAACAAGAGGAAGUGGAUGGAGCAGUUUGAGAUGGCCAUGUCCAACAUCAAGCCUGAGAGAGCAACUGCCAACCAGCACAACUUCCAAAUGCACACCUUUGAUAAGAACACCAACUGCAGAGUCUGCAAGAUGCUCCUAAGGGGUAUCUUCUACCAGGGCUACUACUGCUCUCGCUGUGGAACAGGAGCUCACAAAGAGUGUCUGGAAGUGAUCACCAUCUGUAAAAUCAAUCCCCACGAUAUGGAGCCUGGAAUGUCACCAGGUCCAAAGAUGGUGGCUGUGAGGAACUACCACGGCACACCGACACCUCCAGGGAAGACGCCUCUCUGUUUCCAAACGGGAGACUUCAUCGAGCUGCUAAAGGGGGAUCCAGAUACCCCGUGGUGGGAGGGGAAGCUGAUACAAACUCAGAAGAGUGGUUUCUUUCCCAGUUCAUGUGUAAAACCUUACUUAGACCCAAAGCCUUUCCAGUCAUUAUCCAGCCGGCAGUCGUCAAGAGAAGCAGACUACUAUGGAUAUCCUUGGUUUGCGGGGAACAUGGAGCGCCAGCAGGCGGACAACCUCCUGAAGUCCCACUGCAGCGGGACGUACCUGAUCAGGGAGCGGACGGCCGAGGCAGAGCGCUUCGCCAUCAGCAUCAAAUUCAACGAUGAAGUAAAACACAUCAAGGUUAUUGAAAAAGACAACUGGAUCCACAUCACGGAAGCAAAGAAGUUUGAGAGUCUUCUGGAGCUGGUGGAGUACUAUCAGUCGCAUUCACUGAAGGAAAGCUUCAAGCUGCUAGACACCACGCUGAGGUAUCCCUACAAAUCCAGAGAACGCUCGCUAACUCGGGCUAGCACACGCUCACCAGCAGCAACCUGCGCCUCCUACAAUUUCUCCUUCCUCAGUCCACAAGGCCUGAACUUCUCCUCCUCUCAGAGCUCUGCUCCCUUCUGGUCAGUGUUUACUCCUCGGGUGGUGAGCACGGCAGUAGCCAGAUAUAACUUUGCAGCGCGAGACAUGAGGGAGCUGUCCUUGCGGGAAGGAGACAUCGUCAAAAUAUACAGCAAGAUCGGCGGAGACCAGGGCUGGUGGAAAGGAGAGGCCAACGGACGGAUCGGAUGGUUUCCCUCCACCUACGUGGAUGAAGAGGGAGUGCAGUGAACGCUCCACUCGCCAGUUUCCCUUUGAAUCGGGAACCAAGUUCUAUCUGCUGUCCUCAGAGGAAAUGACUCACUCUCUCCAGGAAAUAAAAAAAAAAGAGCAACAUGCCUUUUGCUGGAAACGACUUUUUCUGCAAGAAUUUUGACUCGGUUCCUUCAUUUCCCCGCCCUCUAUUAUGCAUCAGCUUUUUUUUUUGUUUUGCAAGGUGUUUAAGUUCUAUACAUGGAAGGAGAAAAAAAAAGAACUGCGACGCCGUGUGUCCGCCUCCGUGUGCUCAGCAGAGAAUUUACUAUAAGGAGGACGCAGCAGCAACUUAUUGUCCAUAGCUUUAUUUUGCAAAAAGAAAAACGCUCCUCUUUGUUGCCAGGUCUGUGCCAGGUGACUUAAUUGUACAGUAUAGAUAAUUUAUUGAAUAGAGAUUAUUAUCAGUACUAGUGAUUAUUGUAGGGACGGCUGGUUUGAGCAGGGAGUCGGAUCAGAUGAACUAAAAUAAGGAGAGGGGGGAAAAAAAGCGAAGCGGUGUUUUUAUGUCGAGAGAUUUUUUUUGCCUUAGUUGUCAUGGUGAUGCCUUGUGGGCUGACACCAUUGGAUGGAAUCGACUUCUCCGUGUAUGCAUGUGCCCACACACACACACCCACACACACACACUCAUGUACAUGGACAUUAAAUACAAAUGUACAGUACGGUGCCUUGAGAAAAAAAAAACGGUUCGUCCACAAGCACAGGACUUUACUGAAGGAGCUGCAACUUUAAACGUCAACUCCACACCAGAUGGACUCACACAAGCAGCUUGUUUGGUGGGGAUUUUAGCCAACGACAUGCACAGUUCACAUCUGUGGCGGCGUCACAGUCCUGUGGGACGCAAAAAAGGGAAGAAAGACGCUCAAACCCAACGUCACGCUUUUUAAACCUGUACGCGUCGCUCCGUCGUUUCCUGCACAGAAUCACAAGUUGUUAUUGAAUCCAGAGGCGAAGCAGCAGCUAAAUCCAGCCAUGCUUUGAGUUUUCUAUCUUGCCUUAAUUGUUUUUUUUUUUGUUUGUUUUAAGUGGUUCAUUAACUUCACUCCGACCAACAUGUUCAUGUGACGAAUUCAUUUUCUCUCCAGUUCGCCUAAAAGGAAAAACUGGGACAGUUGAUGUGCUUCGUGUUUUAUUUUGGUCCCAGUCGAUCCCGGUGCUAAAAUCACCUCACAAUCAGUUAGUGUUGCUUUUCUCUGUAUUUCUCUUCAAACUACAGAUUUUUUUUUUUAUUAUUGCACCUUUAUUUGAAUCAAUUCUUUAGAGUUUCCACAAUUAUUUUUUGCCGACCUCUACAGUGAGAGCCACAGUUUUUGCAGCAAAAGGUCUAUAGAAACGUCUCAGUUCCUGCGAUUUCUGAGGGUUGGAAUGCAAACAGGAAGCCCGCCAGCUCCAACCGGAUCAAGACUCUGGAAACGUCUGAGUGCAAAAAUACAAACAGAGCUGCUGUGUUUGGAGAAAACCAGGAAGAGUUGGUGGAGGCGGCUGGUGGUCAGGGCUGUGGUCGGGGUUUUAUUUGUUGUUUUUUUUUUUGGUUUCGUUUUUUAUAAGGUGGACAAAAACCCAUUGCAUGUGACUGUUGAUAUGUUGACUCCUGUCAGUUCAUCCCAGAAAAAUGAAACACCUGAUUGUGUAAAUGUUUUUGAAUGGUUGAGUAUUUCCAAAUGAGGUCUAUUAUGAAAUAAAUAUCUCUUUUGAUUUAA